AUGGAAAAUUCCGGAGAAACAGCGACUAGAGAUCCGGUCAAUGAACCACAAUAUGUUCAAGAGAAGGCGAAGGACGUGGAGUCUGGUGGUGAAGCAAUACCGACGUCCACGGUCGUAAGGACGGACAUGGAGUCUGGUAAUGCAGCAAAACCAACGACGACUGCAAGGUCAGGGAAGAGUGGUCUAUCGGAGAAAGGAAGUUUGAUUUUAAGGGGUGCAGCUUUGGUGUUCUCGGCAAUUUCUUUCACUAUUAUGGCUUGUGUCAAAGGCUUCGAUGAUUUCGACCAGUCAAGGUAUGUAUUGGCCGGUGGCAUCCUAUCUACGAUAUACAACGUGUUUCAAGUUUCACGUCAAAGUUAUUCCUUCUCGACCGGAAAAUCUCUGUUUGCAGAGCAUACUACUAGUUUUAUGACUCUUGUCGAUUUCUUUGGAGAUCAGAUUAUUGCAUAUCUCUUGGUAUCGUGUGCAUCGGCAAUAGCUCCAAACGUAGCUACGUUGAGGGAAGUCGAAGAUGAGUUGUUAGCAGAUCACGGGACAUCAAACUUGGUUGCAGCUUCUACCAGCAUGGGUUUCUUGGCGUUCUUUCCUAUGGCCGUAUCAGCUGUGAUAUCUGCUUAUAAGCUCUCCCCCAAAACUUAA